AACCGCUGAUGUAAGCAACCGGUGAAACUGCGACAUCAACUUUAAGGCAAAAAAUCUAAUAAAUCUCCUGGUAUUGCUUACCCCAAAAAACUUAGAAAAGUGGAACGAUACCUUGGGGAACGGUUGAGGGAGUUUCGAGAGACGAUGUUUGGGACAAGACGCCUAGCGAAGCGUUCUAUUGUAGGCACGAGAGUGGCCGCUCAGUGGCAAGAUGGACGGUAUUACUCGGGCGUUCUGGAGGGCUCAAAUCCGACGCCGAACGGUCGGACUUUUUACACCGUCAACUUCGACGAUGGUCACACAAAAGAGAUCCUUGACACUGAUAUCAUUGGCCCGGGUUUUCAGAGUAUCACGGACGCCAAACUAAAGCGGGGACAGAAAGUUUUCCUCACCCAUCAUGGCCGGGAACUGUCAGGGGUGGUGAUAAAACACAACAAACCCGAGGACAUUGUGAUCAUUAUACCGGACGCCGGGGAAGACCAGGACAGCGUCCCGGAGCUCAUGAGACCGCUGGAAGAGGUUCGGCUGUUAGAGAGCCGGAAAUCUGCCCGAUUGCAAGACAUGGACACAGAUUACUCAAAGAUGGCGGACUUGAACUUAAAAAGCGACCCGACUCCUUCGAUAACUUUGUCCUCAGAAACAAACAAGAAAAGGACAGUGUCACAAGUGAUCGACGUCCCGUUGAGGACAGGACGUCGCAGAAAGGGUUCACCAGAUCUCGAUGACUUGAUGCAAACAGACCAGAAUGAGGCUGAGAUGAUGGACGAGAGGUCUGCGGCCUUGGUUCUCACUGCUCUGUCUUGUAGUCCCGUGUCACCAACGUUAAAAGGAGAGCCAACAGCAAUGAGUCCACGCUCCUUCAAUGACAGUUUCUUGUCUUCGAGCUUUAAGUCUGGGUCUCCUUCGCCACCCAUGCAAGUCAGUGAAAGCGCCCCUUCAUUUACUGUGUUUGGAUCCUCUCUGGAUGAAGGAAUUGUUUUGGAAGAUUCUAACUCUGCCUACUUCAGCGAGGAAGGGAGCAGUAAGAGGAGAAAGCCAUCAACAAGAACCAUAUUCAAGUGUACUUGGCCGGGCUGCGGCAGAUUCCACAGUACAUGUGAAGCCAUCGAGAAACAUGUCAGGGAAGCACAUUUGGGACCACAAAGUUCAGACGCUGAUCUCUCCGACCAUGAAGAGGAGUUCUAUUACACAGAGGAAGAGGUUACGGUUGACAGUAUGGUGGAUUCCUUCGCUCAGAUGUACACAUCUUCACCGCCAGAUGUCAGCCAUUUUGAAACCGCUCACAGGUGGAAUAUGGACCACGAUUAUCUGAGAAAAGUCAAGGAAGUUAAACCUCAUUUCACAGAAGAUUCCAAUACAAGCCCAAUCAACAUUCCUGGCAACCUGCAGCAGACUUUGUCAUGGACAAGUGGUGACUCCCCACGCCCACAUCAGAUCUCAGCCUCUGAACCUGCUGGCUCCUAUAUGACCUCUGCCAUAAAAAUUGUGAAACCCAACUCCCAGGAACGUUUCCACAGCCACCAGGCUGCUUCUCCAAAAUCUCAUGUAUUUGGGACUCCUCCGAGGUGCUCCCCAACUCACAAAAAAUCUCGAAGUGAGGUGAAAAAAUGUCGAAAAGUGUACGGGAUGGAAAACAGAGAUAUGUGGUGCACACAGUGUAAAUGGAAGAAAGCCUGCACUCGAUUUAUAGAGUNAGAAGUUAAACCUCAUUUCACAGAAGAUUCCAAUACAAGCCCAAUCAACAUUCCUGGCAACCUGCAGCAGACUUUGUCAUGGACAAGUGGUGACUCCCCACGCCCACAUCAGAUCUCAGCCUCUGAACCUGCUGGCUCCUAUAUGACCUCUGCCAUAAAAAUUGUGAAACCCAACUCCCAGGAACGUUUCCACAGCCACCAGGCUGCUUCUCCAAAAUCUCAUGUAUUUGGGACUCCUCCGAGGUGCUCCCCAACUCACAAAAAAUCUCGAAGUGAGGUGAAAAAAUGUCGAAAAGUGUACGGGAUGGAAAACAGAGAUAUGUGGUGCACACAGUGUAAAUGGAAAAAAGCCUGCACUCGAUUUAUAGAGUAGAGGUUAGGGGUUUCCUUUCAUCUCAUUGGAUGAAAUAUCUCAAAGAGUCUACGAAUAGAAAGAACAGACUUGGAGUUAACACAGUGUAAGUGAAAAGAAACCUGCAUAUGAUUUACAGAGGAGAAAACCUGGAUCUCUUUCCACCACCUCGUCAUUUCAUAAAGUGGACUCUUGCUGCUGGGUCAGCAAGGUCAAGGGUGAAGGUCACUCCCAUGGGUGAAGGUCAAUUCCAUGAGUGAAGGUCACUUCAACUUGUCAGUGAGUGAAAAUAUCUCAGAAUGAUAUGAGAACACGUACCUUUGUGUUUUUAAUCUAUUAGGAAUAGGUGUGUAAGGUUGUUUUCCUUUUGUGAAGGAUGAGUAAUUGUGUAGAAGAAAAGUACUAGGGCACUUGUAUUCAACACAUCAUAUCUACUUUAUUAGUAUCUUUUCAGUAUUUAUGAAUAUCACAUAAUAUACAUAAAGUAAUCUAUGCAACUGAUAUGUAUAUAUAAACAGUUGAUCACUGUCAGCAGUGUUAAUGUUGUUGGAUUUCCCCUAAGAAUGAAAAUGUGGUGUGACGUGUUUCAACAGAUAAUUAAGCCAACUAAUAUCUGGAUAUACAGCACUUUAUUGCAGACACUGAUCAUCUACUAAAAGAGACAGGUUUUGAUCAUUAGAUUUCAUUUUGGGAUCUUGAAUGUAGAUACAACAUUUUCUCCAAAAAUGCCAAAUUGUCAAAAGGACUGAGGAAAAGAGUUAUUCUUUUGAGUUGUGUGUAUAAGUCCCAUGACAACAGUAAAUACAGGUGCUCAAAAUCUGCUAUACAGAUUUGACGGAAGGAAAAAAAAUUAAAUUAAAUUAUGAAAAAAAAUGGACAGAAAAUGAAAAUGAUUGUGUGGCAUAGUUUGGGCAACUACUUGUUUAGAGAAGUACACUUAAAUUAAGUUAACAGUACAAUAUGUGUCUUAUAUAAUUGGAAAGUAAAGUGAGUGAAAGAAAAUCACUGUUGUAUAUUUGUACAACCAUAUCAUUUUUGCAGGUCAUUGGUCUUGCUCACAUUCUUACAGGCAUUAAAGCAAACUGUGAUUUUACACAUUUAGAGGUGCCAUGCAGUUUCAUGAAAGUACUUCAAAAACCUAGUUAGUCUUCACCUUAGACCAAAAAUUUCAAAUUAAGGGUAUUUCUAAUCCAGAUUAAUCAGUCAUGGUCCAAGUUAAAUCAAUUAUUGUAUGUCUAAUGAAGUUUAAGAAAUAGCUGUUUUCAACAAAUAGUUACAUUAUUUUAGUGGACUGCCUUGGAUUGGCACUGAAUUGAAGUAUACCAGAGUUUUUAGGGAAAAAAGUUGCAGCCUAUUUUGGGACCCCCAAGUUCUUUUCUGUAACAGAACCCUGGAAUAUUUAUUAUUUUUAUCCAUGGGGUAAACUUUUUGGAUGAUUCUUGCAUGGUUUGCAGAUGAUCACCAGGUUGUAGAGUCGGGGGUGUUCUGGCUUUGCACUCUUUUGAUGUAUGCACCGCUCAUGAUAAACAAGUGUUACACCUCAGGGAAAACUAAAUAUGGUGGAAUUUCACAAAUUUUAAUCUUGCACUUUUCAAUUUGCCAUAAGUUUAAAAAAUGCGUAUUCCUAAAUUUUUGACAGAUUGUUUCUUCAUAAAAUUCUUCUCUUAAAGCUUUAGAUGGGCACUUUUUUCACUUUCUCAAUUCUGUUUCUUUCUUAAUUUAUUUGUUUGUUUGUUUGUUUGUGCUAAAAUAAGAGCUGGACUAGCUCCUCAUAGGCUGCCAAAAUUGCUACAGUUAUACAUCAAGAUCAUCAAACUUUAAACUUAAUUAUUUCUGUGUAAAGAAACUACCAGAUGUCUAUUAUUAAAAAUUCCCUGUUGGUAAGAUAUACAAAAGAAAACUUUAAAAUGGGAUGAACCUGCAUCUUGUGAAUAAUAGUCACACUUUUUAAUACGGGUCAAUUGGAGUGCUAUGUAUAAUUGUGAAGGAGAAAAGGGGCAAGUCAUGAGAUUUUUUUUCUUGCCUGAAAUGUUUCUGUUUCCAUGCUAUAAUUGUAACAGUUGUGCCUAUGGAAUUUUUCGGGUUUGAAAAUAAUGUUGUAUUAAAUUGCAUGAACUGCCUCUUUGAAUAAAUCAGAGUAAUUAUGUGGAGGUAUAUGGUGUGUGUACAGUGUACAUUGUAGAGAUUCAUGUCAAUAAUGAUCUAAUUUAGAAGUUUGUCUAGGUCAUUGGUGUGAUCUGUGACCUAUUUAAUUCUGUAUGAAGGUCACUUGUGUGAACCAUGACCUUGAUGGUCCUGUAUGUAGUUCAUUGGUGUGAACCAUGACCUCGAUGGUCCUGUAUGAAGGUCAAUGAUAAGUCUAUGACCAAGGUAGAUCUACACAUGAAAAGGUCUCCCGUACCAUAUAUCAGACCAGUUGAAAUUGGAAUUGCAAUUUCUCUCACCUUACACGAUAUGCAUUUAGAAACUCAAAGUUAUCAUGAUAAUUUAAUGUCAAGGUUUUAUCGUUGUUACAGUUAGUGCAUUCUUUUUGGCCAACUAUGCAAAAAGGGAGUUUUCAGAAAUAUUUUCGCUUGAAGACUUUUUAAAAAUGAUCAAAUUUGCUUGGGUUUCAUCGGUGCACAUUACAAAUACAAACUUGUUGUCAGUGUAAAUAUUUCAAAAGCUGUUAAUUCAGAUCUGUGUUAUAAUCCUUGUAAAUAUUUCAAAAGGGGUAAAUCAUGUGUUGCAAAUCUUCUGAUGAGCAUUAUAUCAUGAAGUCAAUGAAGUAUACACGAUGCACAUACAAAUGUAUAUAUUAAUAUAUAUAUAGAUGAACAGUCGAGAUAUUAUCAUAUAUGAUUGUGCUUGGCUCGAAGUGUCUAUUGCUACCACAUAUAUUAUUUAAGCUUUCAUCACUUUCACAGGUUGUUUUUGUGUGAAAAUAAGCAAGUUUCAAAUCGCAAUCUAUACAGAGUUUAUAUGAUAUAUAAGUAUAUUCACAGUGUGUAAUACAGGUAUUUAGUAGGAUCACUUAAAAUGUAGCUCUAAGAUAUGUGAAAUACUGGACAUUAUUUUUAUUUAUUUAUUUGUAUUGUUUGACGACAUCAUCUCCUGCGUGACUUCAAUUCUGUGCCGUUUGAAUGGCUAGUAAUCAUUUUUUUGCACAUAUAAUUCAAUGCGGAUGGUUUAGUGGACAAUACCUUUCUCACCUCUUUUUAAUGGCUAUAGUUGGCCAAAGCAUGUUAUGAAAGUCAAUUUGAUCAAAAAUGUCAAUGGCGACAUACAAGCCGUUUUGCAACAAACGAUUCUCAAAAAGGGAGUGAGAUUCCCUCAAACUUGUGCCUUAGUAUACAUCAGUCAAGCCAAGUAUUCUGCAUGUUAUAGAGACUUCUACCAUCUUUUCCAUAUUAUAAAUAUAUUAUAGCGUUUUAGUGUGUUAGGGUGCUUAACGUCAGUAAUUGGGAUGUCUUUUUUUUUUCCAAUAAAUUUUUGUUCAAUACA